AAAAUACUAAUGCUAAUUUACAGUUUAGGGGUUAAAAGAAUUCUGAAUACAACAACGUGGAAUUGAGUUGCUGCGUAUUCAUAAAGAGUCAGACAAGACAAACACAUAUACUUGUGGUUAAUCUUCUUCUUUUAAAGUUCCAAAACCGGAGAAUAUAUGGAAUUGAGUUGUUAUUUUUAGGGUUUAUUAAUAAAUGGAGUUGCUGUGGUCUUGUGCAAAUGAGAUACCAAGGAAGGCUAAGCCUCAUGACAGCUGGUAGCUAUGGUCUUUCCCUAUUUCCUUCCCGAGUAUUCAUUCAUGUGGGGAGGUGAUCCAGACAAGGUGAGUUUAUAUGCCCUAGUUUAACUUCCUCGAACCUACAUCUGUUUCAUCCUUAUUUUUGGUAUGUCAUUUCAGAACCUACCUCUGUUUCCGCUUCCUACCCAUGAUGUUAUUGUUAGAUCAGUUAUGGGUUUCCACUUGAGUUCGAGGUAAUAUAAACUCUUUGCCUUGGUUUGUGGUUGUCCCAACUUAAACCAUCUUGGCUUCCAAAGACAGCUUUCUAGAGAUACAUUAGAUCAACCAAACACGGUAAGUUGGACACUUGUCUUGAUUUCUGUAGUUACAGUCUCAUUCAAAAUAUUUUUGUCUGGUGUGUAACAUACGUAUAAGACAUGACCACUCACUUUCAUGUUCCAUAAGUUACUCACGUGUUAGUGUUUUGCUUCUUCUUUUUUGGCUCUACAAUGGAUAAAUGUAGAAAAGGAACGAUGCUACUGCAUGAUUCACAGGCCCGUCCUCUUAUGUCUCAAGAUGAUUAUGUAUAUCCGAGUUUGUCAAACACCCUUUCUUUCUACUCCAUACUCCAGCAACAAGAUCAUGCAGUCGUCAAAAACAAUAGUACAGUCUGCCAUUAUCAAUCAAUGGAACCGAUCCUCCUGCUAUCAGGAAAGCCUCUAUGGUAAAUUAGAUGAAACGGGUAAAUAUAUUAGAGAUAAAAAACCGAGUAGAAAAAUAAAUAAAUAAGAGAUGGAUCAUAAACUAAACACUCAUCUCUCCUUCCAUGAUAUGGAACUUCGUAAUUGAUCAACUUGGCCAGGAACAUAUAUGGAGCUAACUUUCAGUCAUUAGUCUGUAAUUACAAACAUACGCAAAAAUUGAAAUACUUAGAAAAUUUAAAAUAUUUCUAGUGAGAAUCAAAUCAGUAAACAAAUCUGACGGCUGUAGAAUCGUUACAUUGCCCCCGGUAGGACUAGGAAAAACGCCUAUCUCUCCAUGGAUAUUUAGACCCUCUGGACCAAUAGAAACAAGCUACUGUUAAAUGAUAAAGAGUACAGGAUUGAUGAAACGGUUUUGAAAAUCCUACAAAACUCUCGAGCUUGGGCAGGAGCUCAAGACAAGCAGGAAAAAAUAACGUUGCCACAGAAUGUGGAUCUCUCUCGCCAUGUGUCUAACUCCCAUGUUCCCCAAUCUUCUCAUGUUGCAGGACCUUCAUGGAGUGUUUUCUCGGAUGCUGCUUGGGACUCUGCCUCUGGGAACUGUGGAAUGGGAUGGCACUUUCGCGAUAACAUGUCUUCACCAGCAGGCAGCACCUUCUCAAAAUGUCGCUCAGUCUCCUCAGCCUUUGUAGCAGAGGCGUUGGCGUUAAAGGUCGCAAUCACAGAAGCGGUCAACCGUGGCAUUGACUCUCUUAGAGUUUUCUCUGACUCCAAAAACCUCAUCUCUCUUUUGGUCACCAAGAAGAAUAACAUUUGGAUUCAAGGAACACUCUUCGACAUUCACCAUCUAUCCAGUUCUUUUAGCUCUAUCUCUUUUUGUUUCAUCCCGCGUGUGAGAAAUGCUAUGGCUGAUACUCUUGCGAAAGCAGCACUACGUUCUCUAAUUAACUCUCCGUUGGUGGAUGAGUAAAACUAUUGUUGGGUUACUCUUUUAUUUAAGUAUGUUUUCGAUCCAAAAAAAAACAAAUCUGACGGCUUCAGUCAACCAAUCACGAGUCGGUCUAUGUGGAAAAUUUUGAGACAAGUGACAAAUUACUAGGCAGAUGCUAGAGAGGGAUUGGAAGACUCGGAAAAAUCAUACGACGACUUGAUGCAAGAAGACUUGUCAAAGUCAAGAAAAACUAAAGUUUUUGUUUUCCUUUUUAAAAAGAGCGACAAUCAUAAAAACUUAUCACACAAACACAAAAGAAAGAAUACAUGAUGAUUUCAAAUCAAUCUUCUUACUUUUCUAGUUUUGUUACAUUGUAUUAUUUCUUCUUCUUCUUGGUGGCUCUUGUUCUACAUACUUUUGCUUCUCCAAUGCUCCACUAUUGCCGUCAUGACCAGAGGGAUGCUCUUCUUAAUUUCAAACACGAGUUUCCGGUAAAUGAAUCCAACUCAGUUCCAUCUUUAAAUUCAUGGAACAAGAGCAGUGAUUGCUGUGAUUGGGAGAAUGUCAAAUGUGAUGCUAAAUCUGGAAAUGUGAUUUCACUUUACUUCAAACACAUCUCUCUCAACAACUCUUUGAAACCAAAUAGUGGUCUUUUCAAACUCCAACAUCUUAGAAACCUAACUCUUAGAGAUUGUCACCUGCAUGGAGUGAUUCCUUCUUCAUUAGGAAACCUUUCUCAUCUCACACAUCUUGACCUUAGGGAAAAUGAUUUAGUAGGCGAAGUUCCAAUUUCAAUCGGAAACCUAGCCCAACUAGAAUACCUAAACCUUGACAAUAACCAUUUAAGUGGAUAUAUUCCUCUUUCCUUUUCCAACUUUACGAAACUAUCCUAUUUCCAUAUCUCAAACAAUCAAUUCACGGGUGAAUGCCCUCUUGUACUACUCAGUUUAGCCACUAGUUUGUCCGUCUUAGACAUUAGUGAAAAUCUAUUUAAAUCCACGCUUCUUUCUGACAUGAGUGGAUUCCACAACUUAAAGUAUUUUCACGUGUUCAGAAACUCACUGUUCGGGUCUGUUCCUAGAUCUUUGUUCAUGAUUCCUUCCCUAAUAAUGGUUAAUUUGAGAGAGAACCAGUUCAAGGGAUCUAUAGAAUUCAGGAAUACAUCAUCAUCCUCUAUGCUUCAGAUUCUAAACCUUGGCCAAAACAAAUUCGAUGGUCCUAUUCUCAAUUUCAUUACAAAAUUUCCCAAUCUUGAACAUUUAGAUCUUCAUGACAACAAUUUCGUUGGGUCAAUACCCAAAUCAAAUUUGGUCAAACUUGAGUAUCUUGAUCUUUCUAACAAUAAGUUGGAAGGCAAAAUACCCGGUUGGUUAAGGAGCGUUCAGUGGUUGAUACUUUCUCACAACUCUUUCAGCAGUUUUGGAAAAUCAUGGGAAGUUUCCGAUCUAACACAGAUUCAAAUGUUGGAGCUUGGUUCAAAUUCUUUCCGAGGACCAUUACCCGAUUGGAUCUGCAAACUUAGACCAGUAAUUUUCUUAGAUAUGUCCAACAAUAGCUUCAGCGGCUCAAUCCCUCAAUGUUUGAGUAAUACAAUUUCUGGUCUCCAAGAGCUAAAUUUACGAAACAACAACUUGAGUGGAGUUCUUCAUCCAGACAUAUUUCUCAACACAACCUUCUUAUCCUCAGUUGACAUCAGCAACAACCAGUUGGAAGGAAAACUUCCAAAAUCACUGAUCAACUGCACUACUUUGGAGUUAUUGAAUGUGAAAAGCAACAGAAUCAAAGACACAUUUCCAUCUUGGUUGGGUUCUUUGCCGUCAUUAAAUGUCAUGAUCCUCCGAGAAAACGAAUUCUACGGGCCCUUGUAUCAUCCUCAUGUCUCCAUUGGGUUUCAGAGUUUAAAAAUCAUUGAUAUAUCAUAUAACCAUUUCAACGGAACUUUGCCGCCUUUCUAUUUUUCCAAGUGGCGUGAGAUGGCCACUUUAUCCGAAGAAUAUCUUGACAGCAUGUACAUGUAUAGUGAUUUCCGUGUGUCAAUGGAAAUGGUGAACAAAGGAGUUGAUACAAAAUUUGAGUGGAUCCUAAAAGACUUCAAGGCUAUUGACUUUUCAGGAAACAGAUUUUUUGGAAAGAUACCAGAAUCUGUUGGGUCAUUGAAGGGACUGCGUCUUCUCAACUUGUCAAGUAACGGAUUCACGAACGAUAUACCUCAAUCUCUGGCAAAUCUGACAAAUCUCGAGGCACUAGACCUAUCUCAGAAUCAGCUGUCAGGUCAGAUUCCUCAAGAUCUUGCCAGUCUCUCAUUUUUGUCAAUCAUGAACUUCUCCCAUAACAAUCUCCAAGGUCCAAUACCACGAAGCACACAGUUUCAAAGACAAAACUGUUCUGCGUUCAUGGAUAACCCUAGACUCUACGGUCUCGAAGAUAUAUGUGGAAAAAUUCAUGUCCCUAAUCCUACACCACAAGAGUCCGAAGAUCUGUCCGAGCCAAAAGAACAAGUGAUGAGUUGGAUUUCAGCUGGGAUAGCCUAUGGACCUGGUGUGUUUUGUGGGUUGGUGAUUGGACAUAGAUUCUCUCCACGCAUACACAAUUGGUUCAUGUAAAAGUUCUAUCGAAAGCAAGCACAAAAUAGUCGCCAAAUGUGCAUGUUGAACACCAUCUGUUUUCAUUCUGUUUGAUGAUUUUGUAAUAAACGUUUUAUGAUAUUAAUAUAAAUUGAAAAUUCAUUCAGAAACUUCUUCCUACAUAAAACCAAAACC